CUCAUAACAACAUCUCCUUGUCUUUCAUAAUUACAUUUCCGUGUUCUUACACACUUUUCCAUUUCCUAUUCCCCCGUUUCACCCACACGUGGCCUUCCUAGCGCCCUACUCCCGUGAACAAAUAAAACUUCCACAAGUGUGGACUUGAGCGAAAAUACUUGCCCUUGACUUGUCGAAAGUAAUCCAUUCGGGCAAUUCAUUCAUGGGCCUUGCUUUGCCGUCCACGACAGCCACUACUCGGGGAAGAGUCAAGUAUAUUGGAAUUUGUCGGCCCAACCAAGCUUCGUCAGCGCGACUCACAGUACAGGUCACGAAGCGUAGAUCAGGUCCGUCGUUAUCGCUUUGCGGAUAGAUGAAAGACGACGAAACAUCCUUCUUUGUCUUCCUUUGUCCUUCAGUGAUUUCCCACACCACACCGUAGUUCCUGGAACGCCCGCGCCACCUCCUUACAUUCACAUCUCACGUACAACAUGAGCUUCGCAGCUCCCGACGACCGAGCAUAUUAUAACUACUCCCGUGCGCCAGGCUCCGCUCACGGUCCCGGUCACGAAUCUACUUCGCCUGAUCAGAGACUUCCUUCAUCUCAUGGUUACAACAAGGGUGCAUCCGCACCUAACGAAUCACCUAAUCAAGUAUACCAUCCCGAAAUGGCAGGUCCUCCUGGUUCUUCCCAUAGUUAUCCUCCUCAACCUAUGACGCCACUCACUGGCUCUAGCGCUUAUCCACCCCAACAUCCUCCUUCUGGUAGUUACUAUCUGCCCCCGCAGCAACAGCAACAACAACAAUCGGAACAACCUAUUCCUUCCCCUCCUAGCAGCUCUAACCGACCUCCUUCAGCUACUGGUUAUACCCCCGAUGGGCAGCCUAUCAUCCCCGUAGGUGUGUCUGGUGGCAAAAUGUUUAGGUGCAGAGGUUACGGUGAUUGUGACAAGGUCUUUACAAGAAGUGAGCAUUUGGCAAGGCAUGUGAGAAAACAUACCGGUGAACGUCCUUUCCCUUGUCACUGUGGCAAAGCAUUCUCCAGGCUCGACAACCUACGUCAGCACGCUGCUACCGUCCACGCUGAACAGGCUCAGCUGAAUGAAACCAUGCUUGCUUCUCUCGCGCCUAUCCACGCUGCCCUUUCUCAGCGUGCUAGCAGAGAACAACGACGAAGAGGUGAAGUUGUCGAGGUGCCUAAGGGUGCAGUCGAACGACGUCGCGAGACCCGCAAAGCCCAAGCCGCUCAAGCCGCCGCCGCUGCCCAAGCUGCUGCUACAAAUGGCCACAGCCAGCAAAACUCUCCUUACGCUCAGUACCACGAAUCUCAGUGGAAUGCCCCCCCUCAUCCUCGACCCAGGACUAAUGGCGGGUAUGAUUACCCUUAUGUGCCUGAGCAUAGUCUUAAUGACGAUGCUGGACCAUCAAGGAGACCCAGUUCGUCUGCGGGCUAUGGCUACCAACAGGGCUACUAUGACUCUGCUCGACCUCCUACUGCCCCUGGGUCUGGUUCUUCUGGCGAGUCGAUGUCUGGGUUGCCUUACCCCUACCGACCCAUGUCUGCUUCAGGCCGUGAACUCCCCGUUCCUGCGCAUUAUUCCGAGUCUGAGCCUCCUGCUCCUGCCCACGGCCCUCCUCCCCAGUCACCAAUGUACGGCAACGUCCCUCCUGCUCAACAACAGCCUCCCAACUGGUCUUCUCCUCCGGGACACGGUACCUACCCUCCUCACGACACCGCUGCAUACCCUCCUCCUCCCGAAGGCUAUUACCCUCCUGCACAUGCUGCUCACGGCUCAUAUCCUCCUAGGGAAGACGUGUACGAGUACCAUCCUCCAGGUUGGCAGGGCCAGUACCCUCCUGCGGCGGCUAAUGGCGGACCCUACGCUCAGGGAUACGGCACCGGUGCACCCCCAACUGCUCCUCCACCUCACGAGUCUCCCUUCCAAUACAACGUUCCCAAUCCAGGCGCUGAGGGUUACCCAUAUCAAAACUACGACUCCCGCAAGCGUCGCGCGGAAGAUGACUUUGGCAAGGAUGACCGUAAACACCCCCGGCCAUCAUCAUCUUCUAACUCUCAACUUCCCGAUAGUUCCACCCCUGCUCACGCGAACGGCGCGCACGGUGCUCCUCAUCCUCACCCUCAUCCCGGUGCGGCACCAGGUAAUGGAGCCAUGGACCCUCCACGCCCGCAUGAUCCCAACUGGUUGCCUGCCACUACGGAGAGAAGGGGUAGUUUGGCGAUCUCCGCGUUGUUAGGUAGUCCUCCCAAGGCGGUGAGGAGUAGACCCUCGACAGCUGAUGGCGGUACGGCGGGUGCGCACGGGUACGAAAGUUAUCAUUAUGACCCCCAUGGUCAGGUAUCCGAUGAUCAACAGACAGAUGGGGACAAGGAGAGGGAAGAGAAGGGGGAAGUGAAGAAACAUGGUGAUAAGAAGAAGCUGUAAGGCUGAAAGGAUGUGAGAUUCAGGCAGUGUUGUGGAUGUUUUUCUUUUUUUUUCCAUAUAUUUCUCUUCGAGUGAUACCCACUUGCGGCUUUUCGAAAUGAGUGAUUGAUGACCCCUAAUUUUACGAAGGAAAGGAUUUAUUGGCUAAUUGUGCGAAGUAAUUUAGUUAUCUAGCUAUGCUAUACGAUUUACGGGCUUGGAGGCAGAUUAGACUAAGAGCUCUCUCUCUUUUAUUUUACCUUCCUAACCCCUUCAUUAAUCUAUUUUUCGUACUUCAAUUUAUAGCUUUCUGGUGUUUAGAUACACGAUGUGAUAUGAAUUCUCUGAUUUUUAUUACUGUUUUUGAUACGAUUGAUGCAUUUUGCCUCUUAUUU